AUGGCGACCAGAAAGAAAGUAACUCUAUCCUUAGAGGAACGAUUGAAAAAAUAUAAAGUGAAUCGGACAACGAUUUGGAGGAUAAAAAACAGUGCACCAAAAGUUAUGGAGUUCGUUGACAAAGGGAAGAUCCAGCGAAAACGACGAAGAAUCAGACCAUCCUUAUACGAUACAUUGGAGGAAAAUUUGCUGGCUUGGUUCAUCGAAAGGAGAACUCUUGGUGAUUUCAUAACGAAUGCUGUAAUGAUGGACAAAGCAACAGAAUUAAAGAACAGUAUGGGGUUGACGUUAGAUUUUAAAGUUAGUACGAGCUGGUUAGAUGGAUUUAAAAAAAGACAUAAUAUACCUUUAGUGAAAGUUUAUGGGGAAAGUGCAAAUGCUGAAGAAGAUUCCGCGAAAAAAUUUUGUGACGAUUUUACUAAAUUAUUGGAAGAAGAUGGCAGUAUAAAUAUCGAUAAUAUCUACAAUAUGGAUGAAACUGUGCUUUUAUGGAAAGCCUUACCAUCGAAGACCUUGGCAGAAAGAGAAGAAAGGGUUGUGAAGGGAUAUAAAAGUCGCAAAGAGCGAAUUACGGUGGCGCUAUGUGCGAAUGCAUCUGGGACGCACAAGUUAAUGCCGCUAGUGAUUAAUAAAUAUGAAAAUCUUAGGGCUCUGAAAAAUGGCAGAGAUAAUCUUCCUGUUAUUUUUAAAUCGCAGAAGAAUGCGUGGAUAACGCAACCAUUAUUUUGUGAGUGGUUUGAACAUUAUUUUAAGCCCAGUGUACGGGCACAUCAAUUAAGUAACGGACUGAUCGGUAAAUGUGAUACAGCCAAUGGACCAGGGCAUAAUAGCCAAAAUGAAAACAGUGUAUCGCCAUAA